AUGACCGUAUUUAAUGCGGAUACAGUUAAGGUGGUCACUCUAUAUAGACAAGCAUGUAAUACAUUUUUAGAGCAAAUAGAUAACACUGUAAAAUUAUUUAAUGAUUUAGAUGGUAAUUUCAAAUUUGGUGAAGAAAGGACCAAGGUUAUGCAAACAACUUGUGAGAAAUUAUUGGAAGAAAAGACACUGAAUACUACAACAGAAACAGCCUUAUUUUACAUAAAUUUGGCUCCAAAAUUAAUAGGAUUGAUGCGAGAAAUUGAAAAGCGAUGUCCUUUAUGCCCAGAGUAUGUACUUGAUAAUUGGUUACCAAGUUCACCUUCAUCAUCUAUGAUAUUGGAAGUUUAUCAAGAUAACGAUGAUGUUGAAUCUGAGAUUUCUAAUUCUCCAACAUUACUAACGAAUGUUAAAGAAAUUGAUGAAAACAAUUCAGUAAAUAAAGAAUUUAAGCGCAUAUAUGAAGAUUUCAUUUUUGAUAGUUCAAAAGCAGCAAUUAAACCUGUAUCAGCUUUUAGAUUAAGAAAUAAUCUCAAGGCAAUUCAUAAUCAAAAUUUGUUAAAGAAUCAAAAAUUUGCAUAG